UAACAGCUGAUGGGACCUUUGUUUAUUUUCUAUUUGCUUGGAGGAAAGUGAAAUGUUUUUAAAUUUAAAUCUCUGCUUACAACAUCCCUAAAAUAUAAUAGAAAUCAAGAUAUCUAUUAUAAAAAUAACAUUAAUAAUUUUAAGAGUUAAGCCUAAUAUAGAGGGAUCAAGAUUUAUCGUUACUUAGCCGAGGUAAUAAAUUUGCUUCAGUAAAAAUGUCGACAGCCAUGACAUUUGGUCAGAAACAGUUUAUCCCAACCCCACCAGAUAAAGGCAGUUUUCCGCUAGAUCACGAAGGUAUUUGUAAGAAGAGUAUGACAAGAUAUUUAAAUUGUUUAUUUAACAAUAACAGCAAUGCUUCAUUAUGCAGAGAUGAAACUAAAGAAUAUUUGGAAUGCAGGAUGAAUAAUAAUUUAAUGGCUAAAGAAGAAUGGUCAAGAUUGGGAUUUCCUGAGGAAGACACAGUAGAUCAAAGCAAGAAAUGAUAUCAGUGCCAUAUAUUAUUAUAUAUCGCAUAAUGACAUAUUAAAGACUUACCUAAUAAUAAUGAAAUAUCCACUAAAGUAUACAUACAUAGUUAAACAUUCUAAAAGACAACAUCUUCAUUGCUUUUAUGAAGUGUGUGAUAUAAAUCAAAAUACUUUGGUUGGUACUUAUGUAGAAUUAUUAUAUUGUUGCAUAUA